UAAAACAUACCCUGUAAUGAUUGCCCCAUAUUUGAGAUCUGUCUAACACGAAAAACGUACUUGAUAUCGCAGCCUCAAAAAUUUGAAAUAUAAGAAUUAAUCAUCUCCUCUUCUGUUUCACUAUCUAAACAACUAACACAAUAAAUGCAAUGGACAGCAAGCGAAAGAGGAACAUUACUAAUAUAACAAGAUCGAAAAGCGGGUGUCUUAGUUGUAAAAGACUACGAAUCAAAUGUGAUCAAACCAAACCAAGAUGUGAAUACUGUUUGCAUACGAAUAGAGAAUGUAAAUAUCCUAACAACUUGAGAACUAUAGAAUUCAAGCCAUCAUAUCACAAAGAGAAAUCAGUUUCCAGAUAUCAGCCUAAUGUACCUAUUCAACUUCAUUUAAAUAAUGCUUCCACGCAGCUAGGUAUAUCAAAAUUUGAGUUAAGACUAUUAAAUUUCUUUCAUAACUAUUGCUUAGCUGAUAUAACCAAUGGAGUCAACAAUUCCAUGCAAUCUGUUUGGAUGACUAAAGUACCACCGUUGUUUGCCGAAAGUGAGUUAAUAAGGAAUAGUAUAUUUUCAUUUGCUUGUUUGAAUUUGUAUCCAUUGAGACGAGAGUUAAAUCGGGGUAUCUUGACAUCAAGCUCGUCUACAGAUGAUGAAAUAUUACCAGAAGCUAAUGAAUUACUUGUUAGAGUUUCUAAUUAUUUUAGUCAUACGUUAUUAGGAAAAAACGCAUUAUUAACUAAAUUACUGAAUGAAGAUUUCUCUGCUGAAGAAACGCAUACUAAAGUUGUUUUGGCAACAGAGCUCUCGGUGUCUACUAUGAUUGUUGCCUUGUUUUUAAGUAUGCAUUCACAUAAAAUACUACCUUUGAUAUGUUUCGAUAAAUCAGUCCCCGAUUAUAUAUCAAUCUGUAAAGGGAUGCGUCUGUCUAUUAUGUCAUUUGAAUCCGCCUUUAUAUAUAAUGUGUUUAAUGAAGUAUUCAAAUUUCACAUAACAAUCAAAACUCCCCCUUUUAAAGAAACUCCAUACCCAAUAUUAGUUGCAUUGCGUCAAGAUUUAGAAAUGGAAUACUUGGAUAAAGAUUUGUCAACAUCUAUUACUGAGGAGUUUAAUACGAUGUAUCAAGGUCUUGAAAUAUUACAUUCGUGUAUUUAUAGAAGCAUGAUGGAUGGAUAUUCAGUUCCUUUACUUCGAUGGUUGUCACUUUUGCCUAGUCAAUUUUAUGAUUUAAUUUAUAGUAAGAAUUUCUACAGCUUACGAAUAUUAUACGUGUGUACAAGUUUGAUAACAUUGAUUAAAUUUCAAAAUUACAAAGAGUCAACUAUGUGGGUUGAUUUCAUGAAUUGGUAUAAGGAGUAUAAUUAUCAAGAAUUUGAUGGUUGGAAGUAUAAUAUGGAUAAAUCGUUAUAUUCUCUAGUAUUUGAUGGCGAAUAUAAGUUUGGAUCUGACUACUCAAAUUUAAAGACGUUUAAUCCUGAAGCCUUUAUUAUUUAGAAUGAACUUGUAUAUAAAUGGUGUAUACUUACAUAUAAAAAAAACAUAUGCUAAUUAAUGUUAAAAUCAAUGAUUUAUAAUUUAUGUGUAGCUGGAUAUCAAACCCCAGAUUUAAGAGCUCUGAAGAAAAAUCCAAUAUCGCAGUGAUAAAAAAUGAGAUUAAAUAUUAUGAACUUCACUUAGGAAGAAUCACUAAUUAAGUAAUGGAUGACAGCAGGAAGAGUGGAAUAGGGAAACCUAGAAUAACCAGAUCAAGGGGUGCCUGUUUUAGUU